AUGAGGCCAAUAGAGAGCCGCGGUGAGAGGCAUGGUCCCUCCUCCAGCCCCCGCGUGAGUGACAGCCACAGAGCGCACCCCAACCGGAACGUAAUCGCUUCUUCUUCUUCUUCGUGCAGUUUCUCUGUGCGCUGGCCGUCCUUUCACAGCCACCCCGUCUCCUGUGGCCGUUCGGCUUUUCAGCGCUGGUCACGGCAGCUGAGAUUUUUCAGUCGAGUCGGAGGAAGCGAGCGGAACGAGCCAAAACUGUGUCACUGUCAAAGAGCUGAAGGCUGA